AUGGUGUGGAACCGCGUCAAGUUCCCGAAUAUGGCCAUGACGUUCAUGGGAAAGAACGCGCGCACGCGCCUGCGUGACAAUCAGUACGUCUUUCGGGUGGAGCCGCACUAUACAAAGCAUGAGAUCAAAGAGUAUCUCACCAAGGUCUACGAUCUGCAUGUGACGAAAGUCAACACGAUGAACUAUGAAGGCAAGUUCAAGCGCGCGUUUCGAGGUCGCUAUGUAUACAAGGAAAAAGACUGGAAGAAAGCCAUUGUGACUGUGAAGGAGUAA